GGCUCCUCAGCCUCUGGAGCUCGCCCUGUAAUCUACCCCGGGAGCCGCCUGCUCGGUUAUUUACCCCGAGACCGGUCCAAUAACCCUAGAGGACUAUGUCCGUGAUAAUGUACCCACGAGAGGAGAAGCUGGACAAACUGUCCCAGGAGGAGAUCAUCUCCAACACCAAGCUGGUGAUGCAGGGGCUCGAGGCGCUGCGGAACGAACAUAAUUCCAUCCUCCACAGCCUGCUGGAGACCAUCAAAUGCCUGAAGAAGGACGAGGAGGCCAACCUGGUGCACGAGAAGUCAGGGCUCCUGCGCAAGUCUGUGGAAAUGAUUGAGCUCGGCCUGGGGGAGGCGCAGCUGAUGAUGGCGCUCUCUAAUCACCUGACCGCCGUGGAGUCGGAGAAGCAGAAGCUGCGGGCGCAGGUCAGACGUCUCUGCCAGGAGAAUCAGUGGCUGCGGGACGAGUUGGCCAACACGCAGCAGAAGCUGCAGCACAGCGAGCAGAACGUGGCGCAGCUCGAGGAGGAGAAGAAGCACCUGGAGUUCAUGAACCAGCUGAAGAAAUAUGAUGAUGACGUGUCCCCUACGGAGGAGAAGGAGGGAGAGCCUUCCAAGGACAAUCUGGACGAGCUGUUCCCAAACGAGGAAGAGGAUGCUGGGCAGGGCAUGCCUCAUCAGCAUGGCAGCGCGGCAGCUGCAGCGGCGCAGCAAGGAGGAUACGAGAUUCCCGCUCGGCUCCGCACUCUGCACAACCUGGUGAUCCAGUACGCGUCGCAGGGCCGCUACGAGGUGGCCGUCCCGCUCUGCAAACAGGCGCUGGAGGAUCUGGAGAAGACCUCCGGACACGACCAUCCCGACGUGGCGACCAUGCUGAACAUCCUGGCCCUGGUGUACCGCGACCAGAACAAGUACAAGGAGGCGGCGCAUCUUCUCAACGAUGCCCUGUCCAUCAGAGAGAAGACCCUCGGCAAAGACCACCCGGCGGUUGCUGCGACUCUCAAUAAUCUGGCUGUUCUGUACGGGAAGAGAGGGAAAUACCGCGAGGCGGAGCCGCUCUGCAAACGCGCUCUGGAGAUACGAGAGAAAGUUCUGGGGAAGGAUCACCCGGAUGUAGCGAAGCAGCUGAACAAUCUGGCUCUGCUGUGUCAAAACCAGGGCAAGUACGACGAGGUGGAGUAUUAUUACUGCCGGGCGCUGGAGAUCUACCAGGCCAAACUGGGGCUGGAUGACCCCAACGUGGCCAAGACCAAGAAUAACCUGGCCUCCUGUUACCUGAAGCAGGGCAAAUAUAAGGCGGCCGAGCAGCUCUACAAGGACAUUCUCACCCAGGCCCACGUCAAGGAGUUCGGAUCCGUGGACGACGAUCACAAACCCAUCUGGAUGCACGCGGAGGAGCGCGAGGAGAUGAGGAAGGGGCCCCACAGUGACAGUACUCCCUAUUCCGAGUAUGGCGGCUGGUACAAGGCGUGCAGAGUCAACAGCCCCACCGUGAACACUACCCUGCGGAACCUCGGGGCCCUUUACCGGCGCCAGGGCAAGCUGGAGGCAGCUGAGACGCUAGAGGAGUGUGCAGUGCGCUCACGGAGACAGGGACUGGAUCCCGUCAAUCAGACGAAGGUGGCUCAGCUGCUGAAAGAUGGGGAAACCCCCGAGCAGCGGAGAAAAGGGCGCGAAGCCCCCCGAAGCAGCGUAAAGUACGAGAGCGGGGCCGAGGGGGCAGAAGAAGUGAGUAUGGGAGGCGUGGAGUGGAGCGGGGACGGCAGUGGGACUCUGCGGCGUUCCGGGUCUCUCGGGAAGAUCCGCGACGUCCUUCGCAGAAGCAGCGAGAUGUUGGUCAAGAAGCUUCAAGGAACGGCCCCUCCAGAACCGCGAAACACAAAUAUGAAGAGAGCCGCCUCGCUGAGCCACCUGAACAAAUCCAGCGACGAAACCUUCCAGGUUUCCCAGAACCUUCUGUCUGAGUCUCGGGGUCUCAGCGCCAGUAACAUUGACCUCUCGUCACACAGUUAAUGAGCCAUAUUUCACCCCUUCCCCUCCCAGGAGCCCCAAAUCAGUGAAUUUGAAGAGGGAGACUGUACCAUGUUGCUGAUCAUUAGGGUGGCACUACAUACAGAGCCAGGGGCCCCACAUUUAAAGAUUAUACUACAUGCGCGGACACCGAGCUGCCUGCCACGGCCGACCUUCCGCAAACUACACUACACCCGCCCCCCAU